GGAUAUGAUGCGAAAAGUGCGCACUAAUGAGGGCUGGAUUGGCUUUGUGCCUUCCCUUGCUUUUGCAACCGUCAUGACCAUGGCUGGUUUGGAUAUGACUAGUUUUCUGGAAUAUCUUGAAUGGCAACGCUGGGACACUCUUGGCUGUCUGUACAUACUUCUGUUUGCCGCGAUCAAAGUGAUGAUUUAUGUGGUGGCUGCCGUAAUUGAGAAUCGCGCAAUAAACACUCGGUUUACCCUCCCUACAUUCUCGCCUAGAUACGCCCUCUUUGUUCUGCUAACCCCUGCGGAAUGUGCCCGACCUCGGCUUCUCUUCGCUCCUGGCCUGAUACUUGCACAAGCGCUGUCCAUGGCUUACAUUGUGACGGCGUUCGCGUUCCGUGGGUUCCUCGUUCGUCUUGUUGAGCUGCGCCAGCGCCAGUCUGGUGAUACGGUAUCGAUUGUGCUGUUCAUCGCACUGUAUAUUGUGACAUUGGUUUGCGAUACCAUGAUUCUAAGCCCGCUUGAGGUGGCCACUGUGCGACUUGCGUUGCAGAGGAGCACCAGUGAAGAACUGUCGCCAGUCGUUGUUCCGAGUGAUGGGGCACCUGACAAGGCUGGCGAUGAAGUGAAAGGUGGGCUUGCCAGGUUAGUUCUGCAGUUGACUUAUAUCACGCGAAGCUGAUGGAGGCUGAGGGAGACACCCUACAGUGGACUUGGUGACUGUCUGAAGCGGAUAGUUGAGGAAGAGGGGUGGGGAAGACUGUAUCGGGGCUGGGCAUUGACUAGUUUCUGGGGCAGGAUGUAGUAGUAUAUUUUGUUGGAGGCGUGGG